CAUGCCACAUCCGAGGUCUCGCAGAAAGCAGCGGCAUCGUACCAUUCACCAUUCAGACUCCAAAUGACCUUCUCCGAUUGCUGUAUCAUAAUCAUCAAGUCCUUUCUACCCACCUCUACCUUGACGAUCAUCGCGCCUUGAGCUGCCCCGACGCGACUUGCCAGCAGGUCCCACACCGCGCAAACCACUUUGCCCGACGAACGCGCGGACGUAUGAAAGGGCUGAAGAGCCGAGCUUCGUGAGCGAAAGCUCUGCAACGCUUUCAUCGCUUUCAGGACGCGCAUCCCUCGACAGGAUGAAGUACCUGCUCGCAGCACUGGACGCUCAGCGUUCGCUCGUCCCGCUCUCCGAUGCGGAGCUUCGGAAGCUUCUCAGCGAUGUUAGAAGCGUCAAGGACGAGCGAGCUGAGAUGGUGGAAGCGAUGGAUAGAUUGGUCAGCGAGCUCAAAAUGGACGAGAACGCAAAGCAAUUCUUGACAAAGGUUUCCAAGCGUGACGCGCCCGACUACUACGAAGUCAUCAAGCAGCCUAUGGACUUGGGCACCUUGCAGCGCAACGUGCGGUCAAGCAAGUAUAAGAAGAAGGACAGCUUUAUCCGUGACUUGGAGCUCAUCUGGAAGAAUUGCGAGUUCUACAAUGGCCCCGGACACCCCAUCACGGUCUCAGCACAUUACUUGCGCAACAAAGCAAAGCAGUUGCUCGCAUACAUACACGAAGGCGACGAGGUGGGAGAGGCAUUUCGUGAAUGGGAGCGGAAAGGGUUCGAUGCAGCGGUAGCAAAAGGUGGUCUGCUAGGAAGACUUCCCCUCUCUGUUCCAACAGCGAUGGCUAGCUUGGAAGCCAAAGACACCACGGGUCAAGAGCCGGGACCAUCCAGCAAGCCCUUUGAGGCUCGCCCUGCUUUCAAACGUACUCCUUCAGGCAUGCGAAAGCUUCUGGAGCUUGAAUAUGCAGGUCUCGCAGCUGGCGAUGUGCCAUCAUCUUCAAGAGCCCUUCUAGCUCCUCCAGACCUUGAUAGUGGUGAGGCGAGGCUUGGCGUCGAAGGUGCUCAGGCAGGCACAUCCUUGGUCAGCGCAUACAAUCGUCGCCGUGGGAGCUUUCAGGACCGCGGCGAGGGCAGCUCGAACGGUCCCACGACCUUGGCUGCUGCUCUGCCCUCCUUUGAGCCUGCUACUGAUCAAGAUGCGGCUUGGUGGGCGAUCGCCGAGGAAGAGCUGACGAGUGGGGCUGCAAGUGCAUCCGCGUCCGAGCGCCUGCGUCCUGCCUUUGCACGCGGCCGGACAAAGACGAGGCGUUCCCUGACCGCAGCGCUUCCAUUUGGCGGCGCUGCUGUCAUUUCCCGGAAUGUCGGAACGCUGCAAAAGUUGCGGUACACGACGAGCAAAUUCGCUGCCUUGGCUUCGCAUACGGAUAUGGACACACCAUUGCCAGCGUGGCUAGCGUCUACUUCGUCCGACGAAGAGGAGGAGGAGGAGGACGAGAUUACUGGCUUCGCACCUACGACCAGACCAUCCGAGCCUAGCCUUCGAGCAGGCGCCAGAAAACGACGAGCGCUUGGGCCACCGAUGUUGGAGGAUGGCGUCAACCCCAGCGUCGGCAUCAGCUCCGGAGCAGCUCGGAGAGGACUGAACAUUGUCGCGCAGACAAUGAGUGCCCAUGUAGGCUUUGAGAGUGCACGCACGUCCGCCUUGGAUCUGAUAUCCGAUCUGAUGGAGGAAUAUCUGUCGAACAUCGGCCGGACGCUCAGGCUCUACGCCGAUGGGUACGCCAACGAGAUGAGCACUGAGGAACUUGUCCUGCACGCGCUUCACGAGAAUGGUGGGGCCGAUGUUCGUAGCCUGGAGAGCUACAUCGCUGAUGAUGUCGAGCGUUAUGGGGUGCGCCUCAAGGAGCUGCUUCGCCGCAACCGCGCCGCGUACAAGGAUUCCCUAAAUGCAAGCGCUGUUCCAAUGGGCGACGAUGCCUUUUUCGCACCGGAGAACGAUACCCUCGUCAGUGGCGCGUUUGCCGACGAACUCGGCGACGACUUUUUCGGCUUCAAGGCGAUGGGCAUUGAAGCAGAGACGGGCAUGUCUGGCCUAUCAGUUCCGCGCAAAUUGUUCCUCGCAAAGGACGUGCAAAAGGCCAAACAUGCAGAUGUUACCCAGGGUGGGCCUAGCGAGGAUACUUUGCAGUACUCGCCCCCGCAGGCAUAUGUGCCGCUGACGGAAAGCGCAGUCUCAGUACAGAUUGGGCUUCUGCAACCAUGGUACAGGGAACUCAUGCGCAAUCGAGGAAGGUGGAGGGCGCACGACGCACCUCGUCCAGAGCUGAAUGGGUUCGUGGAGGCCACAGAAAACGGAGACGUGGCGAGCGAAGCUGAAGAUCGAGCAAAGGACGGAGAAGUAGCUCUUUCGGACGAUGAGCAGGAGCGACAGCGCUUCAGGAUCGCCCCAACAGGCAAGAUGCCAAAGCGUCAGAUACUCGGGCCCACGGCCGCAAUCAGUCUCGCAAAUGGCUCUGCUACUCGCCCGAUAUCUAAAGCCUCGAACGCAAAGGCAGGAGGCGAAUCUGCUGAGAUGGCCAUUUCUGGCGCAGCUAGGAAGAGGGUCAAGGCGUGAGCAGCUGGCCGCGUGUCGAGGGAGGGAGCGGAGGCAGCACACUCGUGGGAGACCUCUGGAUCGCAGUACUCGUAUCUAUGGAAUGACCUAUGCUCUCGGCGGUACAACGAGUGAUGACAUGACGGGGCAAAACGCGAUGCAGAAAAAUUUGCGCAGGCGAAACAUAAUUGGGACCGAUCGUGCAUCAGAGACGCUCUUGAGGGAUUGCGGUCUGGCUACGUUGCUCUUGCAUGGACCUGAGCUGCGGUUGUCUCCCCGAUCUUUGUGGUGAAGAAGCUGUCCCUGGGCAAGCCGACCCUAUCGGUCUCUUCUACAAGCAACCGCGGCGGCUGCAGCACGUCUUCAGGCGUCAAUCUCCAAGCUC